GAUCCUUUGAUGGCAUGGAAACCAAGAUCCCUCCAUGGUCCAGAGUAGCGAACCCCCGAACAAGAUUUCCACUUUUGUUUUAUCUCCCUGGUGUCUUCUGUUAUCUCCAUAUCUCGAAAAGAACAAUAGGUUUUGCAUGAUGGUGGGCUCGACAGGAAAAAGCGGGUAUCAUUGAAUUUUCUUUCUCCUUACCAAAUAAACACGGUCUGGACCGGCGUGGACUAUCCUAAUGACGCCGAUGGCGAAAAAAUGGCAGCGCCUCUUCUCUUCCGCUUUUCUGUUUUGUUCCUCUUCUCUCUAUUGGCUUGCAGCACAUCCCUCGCCUGUUAUUUCGCUCCGCAUUACGCCUGCGAUGCGCCGCAAUCCUCGCACUAACUAUCACAAAUUGAGUCUCCACUCUGACUGGAAAAGGUUGAAAAAGUUUCAUACCCUCGGGGAAUGGUGUUGUAUCAGGUUCAUGGCGGGUCAGUCCUGGGCUAUGUUUCUUUCAGCAGCAUGGUUUCGGUGUGGUAUUUUUUGGGGGAUUUUCUUGUUUUUGUCUCGGUCCCGUAAACUCAAGAAGGCGAAUGGCUGCUCUAGUCUGGUUUAAAAUUUCCCCGUUUCGCAUUUUCCUCAUUUGGUUCGGAAAUACGGCGAUUGGCAAGGUUUCUGGUCAUCGGUGUUCUCGGCAAUCUGUCUCUUAGAUCUAUCUCGAACUUCUCUUCACCCCC